AUGUCACCGUUUUGUUGGGGAAUAAGUUUACUAUUGAUGAUGAUGCAGACAGUGACUAGCGCCAAAGUGCCCCUUGACCUUUCGACUCCACCCAGAUCGAAUCCCCCCAAACUCAAGUUCCCGUGGUGCAAAACGGCAUCUAUUGACGAAUAUGGGAAGGUUGUCACCGAAUCAGUUACCAAUACUCAACAAUUGGGGGACCAGGCGUUUGACCAAUCACAAAGCUCGCAAUGGAUGGAGUAUAUUGAGCGAAAAGAAGAUCGCUUGGGCGAUGCGGGUGGUGCUGGCGCCUACGACACUAUGAGAUGUGAUAUUGUGUUUCCAAUAACCUCGGAUGAAGAAGGCGAGAACGUGGUUAUUUGGGGAGAGGAGUUUCAUCUGAGGAGACUGAAACGAUCGUACAAGGCUAUUCAGCAACAAGAAGUCACAGACCAGGAACUGGAGGACGCUAUUCGAGACUCGAAGAAAAUCAUAGAUAUCCUCCUGUCACUCGCAAAGUCAGAUGCAAAGACCAUUCCUGGCUUGAAAGAAAUGGAAUCUGAGACAUUCAUUGUUCCUGUACGACUCACAAUCUUGUGGUCAUCGCCCCUAAAGCAACUGAAAUCUGUAAGAUCUACUCCGCCGAGGAUCCGAGGCCAUGCAUGUUCCAGCUUUGAAUUGCAGUACCCAACUAAGAUUCCUUCACAAAUGACUGCAUCAUUAGCAGUACAGUUGCGAGAAGAUGAAAGCGGCAGAAGAGAGUUUAUAAUUGAUGAGACUAUGCCGACAAGACAUGCAGAUCCACAAAAGAAGAUCGCUUCCUGGUGUCGACAACGUAAAAAAUUGCAAGGUUCGGAGGAGAUCGAAGAAGUCUUGAUGGUCCGAGAACGAAACGACGACGAAGGUACAAAACGAUUGGAGAUUCUUGAGGGUCUAUCAUCAAAUUUCUUUGUAAUCCUAAAGAAUGGAACAGUGCGAACAGCCACUGAGGGGUGCCUGCACGGCUACGUUCGACAUUUGGUUCUGAGCCUUUUGGACCAGUAUGGACUCAAAUUCGAUCCAAGGCCAAUUUUCGUUGACGAAUCAAGUGAAUGGGAGGAGGCGUUUAUCACAUCAUCGUCUCGUCUCAUCUAUCCCAUCGACCAGGUGAUCAUUGUACCCCCAUCACAGAAUGAUAACCAAUCAUCAAAAGGUUUCUGGAAAUACGAGAAAUCAUUGGACUCGAACAAGGAAAUGAAAUGUCUUUUAUUACGGAAGCAAAUGCUUCGGUCAAACUUGCCAGCAGAUUAUCAUCCCGGAGAUUGCCAACGCCAACGUUGUAAUAUCAACCAAAUCGCAAGUAAUAUCAAAAUGGCAGAAGAAGCUCGUGGAAUCUGUGUUCGUGACGUUAAGGCCGAUGCCUUCAUCGCUGAAUAUGCCGAGCAUUUGAAGAACUCAGACAAAUUCGAAUUGCCAGUUUGGUCUGAUACCGUCAAGACUGGUGUCUUCAAGGAACUUGCCCCUUAUGGUGAUGACUGGUAUUACAUCAGAGCUGCUUCCAUUGCACGAAAGGUCUACCUUCGUCCUGGAGUUGGUGUUGGUAUGCUGCAAAAAUGGUAUGGAGGAAAUUACAGACGUGGAGCCCGAACUGAACACUUCCGAAAGGCUUCCUCGGGUGUUAUCAGAUCUGUCCUCAUCCAACUUGAGGCCAUGAAGGUUAUUGAAAAUAUGCCCAAUGGAGGACGACGCAUCACCACUGUCGGACAACAGGAUUUGGAUCGUAUUGCGGGAGCUGUCUUCGCCCAAGGAGAGGAUGACGAAGAAUAA